CCAGCACCCGCCUGGGCUGCGCAUCUCCGCCGCCUGUCGUGGGCGCGAACCAACUCCAUCCAAUCCAUCCGCCGCCGCCACCCCAGGGCCACUUCACUACCUCCUCCUCUCCCUCCUCCACUUGAUCCCUCCGCCGUUCGUCCGUCCACUCCACGCACCACAUUCGCGCGCGCGCACACACGCACACACUCACGCACACGCACACACACCACCCCAAUCUGCCGCUCGCUCGCUCGCUCCCACGUUUCAUUUUUGCAACUUGCACUCGCUACUACCACCUUCGUCCUUCGUUUCCCAUCUCCCGCUGUCAAUCACUACGUCGGCGACACGCCUUCCUUUGGCCUGCGACUCUCACUCUUCUUCUGCAACGGACUCGUCUUUUCCCCCUUCCCCUUCCCCCACCCGCCCUCGUGCUUGGACUCGUCGCGACCCCUUGGACGCCAUUCCGCACACCCCCUGCGAUAAGAGAGGCCCCCCCUGCUUCCGCCUGCCAGUUGCUGCUCGGAGGCACUGCUGCCGCUGCAAGCCUGGCCUACCUGCCUGCCUGCCCGCCCGGUCGCCCACCUGCCUGCUGUGGCAUUUUCCUGAACGCGGCGACGACGACGACGACGACGACGACGACGCCCCCUUUCCGUGACGCCACUGCCUUGAACAAGCCGUUCCCAUCAGCCUGUCUGUCGCCAACUUGGCCCGGCCGCUGCCGCUACAGCGACCAUGGCAAACUCUGGCUUCGGUGCCGCCCUGCGGUCCUUUUGGCAUACCAUGACCAGUUACGAUAGACAUUCAUCAUACGACUCGCCUCACAGAACCGGACGCCACGUCCCGCUACACAACGGCCGCAACGGCAUUCUCACCGGCGUAGCCACCGCGUCCGACUCCCGCGCCGAUGUCAGCUCCCCUUACUUCGACGACGCCGGUCGUUCCUCGCCCGGAAACGCGAAUGGCGCGAGAAGCUCGUCUAACGACCCUUACUCGCCUGGCAUGCGCUCCAUGUCGGCACGACAAUCCGACGGCUUCGAGGUGCAGAGCCCUGGCGACGUCCAGAUGCAAUCCUUCCAGGACGGCCUCCCCCCGGCGCCGCCUGUCAGCCACUCGUGGAAGAGGAUAGACGCGUGGGCGGAGGAGAACUACACGGAGCUGUGGGACCAGCUCGGCGAAGGCGCCACCGUCAACGACCUCAACGACCUGGAGCACCAGCUGGACUGCUCCCUCCCUCAGGAUGUGCGCGACUCUCUCAUGAUUCACGAUGGCCAGGAACGCGGUGGCAUCCCCACGGGUAUCAUCUUCGGCUCAAUGCUCAUGGACUGCGAAGAGAUUGUGCAGGAAUGGGAGACAUGGAGGAAAGUCAACCAUCAAUUUUUGCUGGAUGGCGCCGGCGCCAAGCCUACGACGCCGUCCAAGGCAUUCGGGGGUAGCAACGAGGCCUCAUCAUCAAAACAACGGCCGUCUUCCUCGUCGUCUGGCGGGAACCCGGACGAGUGGCGGCAGAACCUGCUCUCUCGUCAAGACUGCGUCCCUCCCCACGCCGUCCAGAAGGCGUACGCGCAUGUGGGCUGGAUUCCGCUGGUCCGCGACUGGGGCGGCAACAACCUGGCCGUCGACCUGGCUCCCGGACCCGGCGGCCGCUGGGGCCAGAUCAUCCUCUUUGGCCGAGACUUCGACACCAAGUACGUGGUGGCCCGAUCUUGGGCCGCCUUCCUCGCCCUCAUCGCCGAUGACCUCAACAGUGGAAAGUGGUUCGUGGACGAGGACACCAACGAGCUCAAGCUCAGGGAGUUUAAGGAGACGCGCAUCGAGCCCGCCUACUUCAACAUCUUGCGAUGGAGGAUGGACCAAAAGUACGGCCGGCGUGCGGCCAAGCGGGCCUCGAUGGGGCGGCCCCAGGGCGACUCACCUCGCGGCUCGCGGUCGGCGUCGCCGUACGCGAGCCCGGUCGAGGCCAACGGAGAUGUGCGCGGACGGUCUAUGCAGCGCCUCAACGGAUCGUCGCCGCUGGUCAGCCCGAUGCGGCCCAUGAAGGGCAAGGCGCCUCUGAGUAGGGUAACAGAGGAGUCGACGAUCCCCGAGGUGCCGAGCGCCGAGAUCGAGCCCAGCCAGCUGGUGGAGGUGGAGACGCCGAGGGGCAGCGAGGAGGGCAAAAACCCGCUUCGCAUCUCGACAAUGGCGCGAUCCGAGUCAGACCUGCUCAAGGACAAGGACAAAGAGAACGAGGCGCCAUUGAGCAGCAAGGCGAACGGCAAGCAGCCCGUGGUGGUUGACGACUCGAUGAAGACGAUUGAGAUUUGACGGGACGGCGGCCACAAGCCGUGUACACGCACCACGACGGCAUGACGGUUUCUUUUCCGCACACCAGAGGCUGUGCUGACGAGAGACGGGGGACAGAGUGAGGCGGAGACUCAUUACACAUUUAGUACAAUAACUCGCACACAUGGCGUUGGGGGCGUCUCGACGGCCAGAGAGCCGAGCCGCUCGUUGUCGGCGCGGCUGCGGCCGGAAGGCAACUAAAGGGUAUUUUAUCGGCGCGAUGACAAGCAGCAUAAUAUGCCGUCCUAGCCGGUCUUGUUUGUUUUCUCUUACCCGUUUUGCUUUGCGUCUGCGCGCGUGUCGCCUGGCCGUUGACAGCGCCUGACGGGAGAAAUAUGGCGGCGGCGGCGUGUAUUCGGCUUGAGACUCUUCGUAUGAGUGUACCAAUAAACGAUAACGGCCAGGCCCGUCCUUGUCCGCUGUGGCACAGAAUCGACUCUUGAGCGACACGUAUUCGUUUGCAGUGGUCGCGCUGUAUAAAGCACGUCGUCUGAGAAUGACCAUGCGAGAGGGUAACGCACAACAGAGCUUUCAAAGGCAGUCUUUUUCUCUGGUCUGCCUUGUGUGCCUUGCUGUGUAGAAAGUUUGCUACCACGUACGACGUGCUACUCCGUACAUAUAUACCUGACACGCCGGACCGUCGCGGGCAUGGCAGCCGUGGCGUGGUUGUGCGACAGAGGGGGCGACGCGAAGAGACGCUGUGUUGGUGAUGGGAAGUACGACGUAGUAGCAAGUACCGUGGUACAAAUGAAGAAGAAAAAAGCAUUGAGCGCGUCUCUUGGGG